UCAUCCACUUACCAGUGAGCUCCUGUGCAUGUGCAUUUGGGAGAAUAUUGCUUCAUGUACAGUACUGGUAUAUACUCGCUUAAUAAGGUUCAAGGCAUUCGUGAGCAAUAUUUCAUCGAUUGUUACUUUUUCCACCAAGAAAAUUUCAGGAUUAUGUCUCGUUAUAUCCAGAUCUAUAUUGAUUUAUUGCAAUACAUGUAGAUCUGGCAAGGAUUACCUGACUCUUAAUUGGUUUCUAUGGAAACUGGUACACUGAAGAAGAAAAAAAGACAGGCUAUAAGCAAAUUUGUAUGCCAAAAAUCUACAUAGAUUUACGUCUUCGUUUGGGAUACGGGAUAUUACGAAUUUUUAAGGACCCUGUCUUCAAUGGCAUCCCAACCCAUUGUGAUCAGUGGCCCUUCUGGGAGUGGCAAGAGUACCCUUCUUACCAGACUCUUUGAAGAAUUUCCCAAUCGAUUUGCCUUCAGUGUCUCACAUACAACAAGAAAACCCAGACCGAAAGAAGAACAUGGAAAAGACUACUUUUUUGUUCCGAUGGAAGAGUUUGAAAAAAUGAUUAGUGAAGGCUCAUUUUUGGAGCAUGCCCAAUUCUCUGGUAACAGAUAUGGCACAAGUAAGAUGGCAGUGGAUUUGAUUCAGAGAUCUGGAAGACUUUGUGUGUUGGAUGUUGAAAUAAAUGGUGUGAAAAACAUUAAACGAACAGAUCUAAAUGCACAGUACAUUUUUGUUAAGCCACCAUCAUUAGAGGCUUUGAGAAAAAGACUAGAAGGAAGGGGCACAGAAACUGAAGAAUCAUUACUGAAACGCCUUAAUACAGCACAGGAGGCACUAGAAUAUGCUGACCAGCCAGGUUCUUAUGACCACAUAAUCGUUAAUGAUGAUAUAGACGUAGCAUAUGGUCAUUUAAAACAGGUUGCAGUUGCUGCCAUGAAUUCUAUCUCAAACGGAAAAGAUUAACAUGACUGGAAAACAAACCAAGGGGCAAAUAGCAAUAGUUUUAUGACAGUUCCAGGGACCAUUGAAUUAAAAAUAUAUUUGUAUUUUAUAGUAUAUAUACUUUAUAUCUUUUUUUUAGAUAGGAAAUGUCUAUUUUUGUUUGACUUGUACCUUCUGAUAUUCUUUUUCUUCGUAUAUUUAUUAUUUUGUUAUCCAUGCGUACAAAUCUGAUUGAAGAUUCUAGUAGAAACAUAAACAAAAUUAAUGUUUUUCUUUGUAAAGUUAACAAAUCUCUGCAGAACAAUUUAAAUAAUAGUAAUUCACCUGACUUGUUAACUUCUAGAUCUAGUAAAAACCGGAUUCUGUAAUUCACCUUUAUUAGCAAGUUGCUUGAGCACAAAAAUGAGAUUUUUUACGUAAUAUUACAAGCCACUCACAAGAAUUUGUGUCUUGCUGAUUAAAACUUGUUAUUUUCCAGUGAUUGUCAGAUUUGUACAUAAGACUGGUGCCUAUGAAUUAUUGUCAGAUUUGUACAUAAGACUGGUGCCUAUGAAUUAUUGUCAGAUUUGUACAUAAGACUGGUGCCUAUGAAUUGUAUUAAGAUCUGAUCCCUGGAACCCUUGGCCUGUUCUUCGGUGUAAUACACACAACACACACCUCCCCAUUCUCUAACCCUUCCAUAAAUGUCUUGGUACCUUUGAACAUCCAGUUUGAUAUACACAUACCAUUAAAGGACAGAUAAUCACCCUUUUCCAUGGUCAUGCUUCUGUAUUAACUCCAGUUUUCGAAAUCUGUGCAUGGUGUGUUUUAAUCUUGAUCUUCAUGCAUGUUGCAAUUUCUCGCUGUUUUGUCUAUUAAUAAAUGUUGGGUGUUGAAAACUUUCUGGAAGCCUUAAUAUACACUGUACCUCCUAGUUCCCUUUACGGACCCUAGGUCCAUUUAUAUACCAACCCUCUUCUAUUUUCUUUUUUAUUAUUAAUGUUUUAUGUACAUGUGUUAGGAUAUUAUAGAAAUUUAUGUAAUAUUUGUACAUAUAAUAUACUGUCUCUACUUUUGUAUAUUUUCUUUUUGAACAUUCUUUUAUACUGUAAAAUUGUUCAUUUUCAUGAAUGCUAAGGUUUUGUUGACUUUGUACAAUGGACAUAUCCACAGUUUUAAGACCUCCUUGAACAUGAGAAAGUCAAGAGUAAAUAUUUAUUAACCACUAAUUCACAGGAACAUGAUGUAUUUUCCUCAAACCUCAAAACUUGGACUUAGGAAAAUUUGUGAUUUAUGUUUUAAUAUAUGUACAUCAGUGGAUUUUGAAUACAAUGUACUACAUUUUGAAAGUUUUAAAGUGUAUAUUAAAUGUGUAGUGUACA